ACGGCGUCGUAGUCAUUUCCCCCCAACCCUCGCUCGGUCUUCUUCUGACGUCCUGUUUUGGGGUCAUUCUCAAUCUCACUGUCACACAAUCAAUUUCUUGUCUUCUUCUUUCUGCAAACCGCACUUCAAAAUUUUGCUCAUUCCAACCUUAAUGAUGGCUGCUACUUUCAAAUGCCAACAUACGGGACUUUACGGUUAUGCCAUUGAUGCGUCGGCGCCUCGAUCUUCUAGAAACUUCGGAAGGUUUUACUCAAUGCGAUUCGCGUGCAACACUCGCUGCAAUACAUUGCGCCACGUUCAUACACCACUCUCCAUUUCCCAAGACUCAUCAACUGAGAGUUCUUUGAUAUUGAUUCGUCAUGGGGAGUCUUUGUGGAAUGAGAAGAACUUGUUCACCGGAUGUUGCGAUGUGCCGUUGACCCAGAGAGGUGUAGAGGAAGCCAUUGAAGCUGGUAAGAGGAUUAGCUAUAUACCGGUUGAUAUGAUUUUCACGUCUGCACUGAUUAGAGCACAAAUGACGGCUAUGCUUGCAAUGACUCAGCACCUCCAAAAGAAGAUUCCUAUUAUCAUCCAUAAUGAGAGUGAAGAGGCAACAACCUGGACUCGAGUUUACAGCGAAAAAACCACCAAGCAAUCUAUUCCAGUUAUUACUGCUUGGGAGUUGAAUGAAAGAAUGUACGGGGAGUUACAAGGUCUUAAUAAACAGGAGACUGCAGAAAGAUAUGGAAAGGAGAAGGUGCAUGAAUGGCGUAGGAGUUUUGACAUUCCUCCUCCGAAGGGCGAGAGCCUGGAGAUGUGUUCACAGAGAGCUGUUGCAUAUUUUAAACAUUUUAUUGAGCCCCAGUUAAAAUCAGGAAAGCACGUUAUGGUUGCUGCUCAUGGAAAUUCAUUGAGGUCCAUUAUAAUGUAUCUUGACAGAUUAACCUCCCAAGAGGUCACAACUUUAGAAUUAUCAACUGGCGUACCGUUGCUUUACAUAUAUACAGAGGGGAAGUAUAUGAGUAGAGGAAGUCCUGUGGGGCCUACAGAAGCUGGUGUUUAUGCGUACACUCAGAGUUUAGCUGUUUACAGACAACAGUUAGAUGAAAUGUUACCUUGAUCGUGCUUUUAU